AUGUUGCUUUUGAUAUACACACCAUCUUCUUACAUAUUUAUUGAGAAUGUUCCUUCAAUUUUGUUUUUGUUUCUAGUGGGUCUGGCAUUUGUCUCAGAGCAAGUUAAUAUUCUAGGAGCGAAAUAUUGGAGGAUGUUUGCCAGAGAGCAGUAUUUUGAUUCAGCUGGGAUGUUUAUAACUGUUGUGUAUUCAGGUCCGAUACUUCUCAACUGCUUUAUUAUGACUGUUCUUUGGUUGUGGACAGCAGGGAAAAUGCUUAUAGUGGUGAAGAGGGGACAGCUGAAAGAACGACGGAAAAAAGAAGCUGAAGAUAAAAAAUCCAAUUAGCGUGAACUAUAAGGAAUAACAUAAUGAAUACUACUUAUUGAAAGAAUUAAGUGCUGUACUUCUUAAUAGCUAAGCUUAAAAAUGUUAAUAAGUGCUCUUAGGUGGGGAAUUGAAUACAUUUUUGUUUAAAAUAGUUAGUUUCUACUUUGCAAACUUGGGACAGUAAUAGGUGGCCUAAUGGUUUGCGUGCUGGAUUCUUGAUCAAGCAAUGCGGGCUCAAACCCCAGUCAGAGUUUGUGUCAUGUCCUUGAACAAGACACUUCACUAACUCUCACAGUGUCACCCUUCAGUCUCCAACAGGCGUCUAAAUGGUUGCCUGUAAGCUUUCAAGGCAUCCUGACAAAAGUUUUGAUGGGUAAGCUGUGAUGGAUAAGUAGAAAUAGCAAUAUUCCCAAUUGCUUCAUGAUGUAAGAAACUAGAGAUAAACGCUGUGCAGAUUAGUCACCUGGCUUCUCCAAUCUGUUGGACUGGAGCAGACUUCACGUGUAUUUUAGACGCAUGUGUUAGCUGCAAACUUAGUCCGUAAACAAGCUUCCAUCCGAGCGGAAGAAAAACAAAAGAAAAAAAAAACCGUUAACGAAGGGAGCCAAGCUUGGCCUAGACCGCUCUCGGCCCACUCUGCGCGCCGGUAUCUGUUGUCGCCCUAUACCCCAAUCUGGAACCUGUUCACAGGCUACUGCAAACAACGUAGUUCUUUCCAACCUUGUAGCCUAUGACCUAGCUGACAGACACGUGGCUGAAUCGAGUCCGUGGUAUUUUUACUUCCGGUCACUAAAGAUAAUCAAAAUCGAUCUUGUAACGGAACUCUUGCUCGUGUCACCAAGUUUGCGCAGUAAGGAACGAAAUCUACUCUCUUUUGCUUAAUAGCAGGUUGGCGGUACGUUAUGUGGAGAGUGCCUCUCUUGUCUUCACUGAGCAGAAAGAGAAGGGAAUUUCAGUCUCGCAGGGUACUUUAGGGGAAGAGGAAAAGGUUUCCAUAGCUUGCAGUACUGUGAUCUGUAGAGCUGUUACAUAUAAGAUCGUUAGGAAUAAUUAAUAUAUUGAGUAGCUGCACGCUAAAUACAAAGAAUGUAUUUGAUGAUCAGCAAAAUUCUCCUUACAUGACUGUACUUAUUUAUUCUGCCCCUGUCUCGUUCCCAGAGCCCACGUGUCUUUUGGUCAGCGCCAAGACAUGGAGCUCUGAAAUGAAAUGUAACAGUCCUCAGUUUCCACUGGACGGUUUUUAAAUGCUAUCCAAUACACAUUCUC